AUGGUAGUUCUAUCCGUGUUAGUGGUACUAGCUAAUCGUUGGAAGAAUUCAAUAAUGUAUGUUGUCUUUAUGGUCGCUAAUGUAAGUUUAUUUUGAGUUGGAAAGGAAGUUUUUGCCAUUUUUUGUUUUGUAAAGAAAUUUCUUGCCGUUUUUUGGUUUGUAAACAAUGUUUUUGCCAUUUUGAAGACUACACUGAAAUCUUAAUAUAUUUUCAGGCGCUUGACACUAUUGCCAACAUGAUACUACUGGGACUGCGAGUACAUGUCGUCAUAAAAGGAACGGCUCCCAAUACAUACGUCGUAUAUGGAGUGAUAACAGUGAAAAUACUGAUGAUUUUAAUCCAAAUACUAGUUCAGCCAUUCGCCGCGAAAUUGUGUUGGAGAAUACAUAAAUUCGAAAGCGCAUUCUAA